CAGUGCUUGUGCAGCUGUGAGGUCUGAGACUUCAUCAGGACACUUCAUUCAUCAUAUCACGCCAGUUUCCUGAGAGCUGCUGCGGAGUUAUCGAGGAGCUGAGGAUGGACAGACUGAACGGACCGGACACAGCUCUGAAUAAACUGGACGACGUAGAGACUCUGACAGCCCCCACUGGAAAAGUGUAUCGCCCCAUCAACAUAAAUCACUAUGCCACUAAGAAGAGUGCAGCUCAGAGCAUGCUGGAUGUCGCCUUGCUGAUGGCCAACUCGUCCCAGCUGAAGACCGUUCUCUACGUGGGGCCUCAGUACCGUUUCUACAUCCCCCUCAUUGUCCUGCUGUCUCUGUCCAUCACCUUACAGGUCAUCGUGGGGCUGCUGCUCGUCUUUAUUGCAGUGAAGUACGAUCUGAACGACGUGAGGAAACAUGCCAAGUUGAACAGGAUGAACAAUGUAGCCACAGUCUUUGUCUUCUUCACAGUCCUCGUCAACAUCUUCAUCACUGCGCUGGGCUUUGAGGGACAUGCUGUCAGGUCAUCAGCACCACAUGUGAUGGGAAUACCAGAGCCUCAGCUCUCCAUUCUCCCCUCUGACUUUAACAAGACUGGUGGUGUGUAGACCAGUCUGGACCAUUAUAAGACAUCUUCUUGCUCUUGGUACCUCACCUUGAAAUCUUAAGGAUUGUGGUGGAACAGCAGCCUUUUUGUAUCUUCUGUAUGAGCUCCCUGCUCAAAUUAGAACUUGCUUGGGCAUAGAUUGACUGGCUGGAACAAACCUUUAAAAUCCUGUAUGGAUUUUGUGGACCUGCCAUCACAUUAGUCCUGAGAGUCUUUUGUGGAUCCAGUCUGAGACCAAGCUAAACCAAAGGAUUACCAAGUAAAACCUCAUCCACAGUGACUAUCAACUCCACUCAGGAUCACAACUAUUAAAUUCAACCCAACUAAAGACUGAUAACCAAAAACCUGAGUUUGAACACAUUCACACAUCACCAGCUCAUCUUCCUUUCAGCACAGAUGCCAACAGACUCUACUGCAGUGAGCUGACCCCUGACCUUUGCAGUGUUGGGCUUAUCUGUUACCAGAUGCAAAAAAUAAUCUGAAACUAUCAAAAGCUUCUCUCGUAAAUACAAAGUGCAUCUUGUUGUUUCUGUACAAGUGUUGGAUUGGUGGAAUUAAGCAGGGUCAUAGUUUUGUAACUAAAUAAAUUACUUAUAUCAGUAGAAAAUUUGGAAACAUCUCUUAUUCUGACACCUGACUUUUACCUUCACC